CUAUUUUAAUAAACCAAAAUAUAGUAAAUAGUCUAUAUUUCAUGUUGCGAUUGUUUUUAAUAUUUUUAGAAAAAUAAUAAAUAGCGAAAAACGCGAUAUAAACAACGAUGAUGGCCACCGGCUCGCGCAUUCUGCCGACGUAGCGCCGCCAUGUUUAUGACGUAACGAAAGGCAGACAACAUGGCUAGCACCGAUAGCGAAGCAGAGAGUAAUGCUACCAUCUCUAUUAGCGAUUUCUCAUCAGAUGAACAGAAAGAUGAAGAGGAAAGUUGCGGAGAUGAUGAGUCACUUGUGCAACCGUAUCGAUUCGAACCCUUUUGCGAAAGUGAGGAGGAUGUAGCAGAAAGUAGUAGUGAUGCCGAUGACGAUAGCCAGCAUGAAGAUUCGGCUAGACUCCAGAACACGGCAUGGUGCCAGUGUCAAUGUUGUGCUGUCAUGCCUCUAGCGGUGGAGUGUAUUUGCUGCCAUGAAAUAGAAGAAGUCCAAGGAGAAAUGCUGCGCAGUGGGGUAAAUGCUUCCUGCAUCACUGAAGUGGAUAGUUUCCAGACCUGCUGCCUGAAUCCUGAUGUUUUGAGAGUUGCAUACUAUGCUUAUAUUGAUAAUCAUGGUAGACUGGAAGAAACUACACCACAUGAAAGAUAUCGAUAUAUCGCAUACAGGCAGUUUGUGAGGCUGUGCUGGGGACAUCUUGGGAGAGCGGUUCGUGUUACCCUGCCAUCCUGUGCUGUGAAUAAAAUACGGUCAACUUUUCCUGCACCAACUGGACAGUAUGUUGGAUUUUUGUAUCCUGCAUUAGACUGAUUCAAGUGGACUUGUAUCUGGAUUUGAACUGUGAGACAGCAGUUUCUUUGGUUGGCCUUUGGUAUUCACUACUCAAUGGAGGAGGCACAUCUCUGACAUCUACAUCUUCUCUGGGGUAUGUGAGCCUGUCCAGGACAUCCUUGAUGAUCUCAUUAACAUAGUCUGAAAUGUAUUGUGGAACACAUAUAAAUAUAUAAUAUAUGUAUAUUAUACCUACCUAUACCAAACAAAUGUACAUGUAUUUUUAAAAUUUACAUGCCUGUUUAUAUUGGAGUGAACCAAUACAUAUAGAAAUAAAGCAAUAUAUUAGAAAUAAA